CCGCAUCGGCGUUGUGUUCAGUUGUGAUUGGAGGCAGAGUUCAGUCAGUGGACUGCCCACAGAGAAAUGGAAAUUUAGGGACCGCUCUGUUGUGCCUGUACCUUCAAAACAUCUAUGUAAAUCUAUUUCUUCCUCUGGGAGCGUGUGAGCAUCAGAUACAGCACGGAAAGCCCGGGGAGGUGUAGAGAAACUGGUGUGCUAGCUGGCUGUUAGCUAGCCCCUGAGCCCCAUGGAGUUCCUCUGUGAGAUAGUUCAAGGCUUGGUCGCUCUGGCAGCUGCAGGGGUGAUUGUGGUGUUUGUCGUAGCACAUGUCACAGCCAGUAUGGUGAAUCUAACACGACAUGAGAAGGAGAAGUACUUCCUCACCGCCAACGGGGACAAGGAGCUGUUCCCCAGCCUGCAUGAUCCCCACUCCCGGGAGCUGUCUGUGGUCAUUCCAGCCUAUAACGAGGAACUUCGAAUGCCUGUGAUGUUGGAAGAGGCGAUGGAGUACCUGGAGAACAGACAGAAAGAGCAUCCCUCGUUUACCUAUGAGGUCAUUGUGGUUGACGAUGGCAGCAGAGACAAAACCACAGAGGUUGCCUUGCAGUACACAAGGAAGUACGGUGCGGACAAGGUGCGGGUCUUGACUCUGGUGAAGAACAGAGGGAAAGGAGGAGCCGUGCGGAUGGGAACUAUGAGCUCCAGAGGGAAGCUCAUUCUGAUGGCCGAUGCUGAUGGAGCCACAAAGUUUGCCGACAUUGAGAAAGUGGAGGCCGGCCUUCACGACCUCAACCCUAAACCGGAGAAUAUGGCAGUUUCAUGCGGCUCCAGAGCUCACCUGGAGCAGGACUCAAUCGCUCAGCGGUCUUUCUUCCGCACAUUCCUGAUGUAUGGGUUUCACUUCCUGGUGUGGUUCUUCUGCGUGCGGGGGAUCAAGGACACGCAGUGCGGCUUCAAGCUCUUCACCCGCGAGGCCGCCCUCCGGACCUUCUCCUCUCUCCACGUGGAGCGCUGGGCCUUUGAUGUGGAGCUCCUGUACAUCGCCCAGUGCUUCAAAAUCCCCAUAGCAGAGGUGGCGGUCAACUGGACUGAAAUAGAAGGGUCCAAAUUGGUCCCGGUGUGGAGCUGGCUGCAGAUGGGACGAGACCUGGUCUUCAUCCGCUUGCGCUACAUCACCGGUGCCUGGAAGCUGGAGUCGCCACACAAGACCGACUAGCCAAUCAGACAAGCCUUAUCUAGGGCCAUCGAGCCUUUUAUUUGAUGGGACUACCAAAUGUGUCAGGAGUUUAUUUUAAUCAACGCAGAAACAAAACACACUUCACCUAAUUUCCUCUCCAGAUGCUGUCGUUGGAUGAGAGGUGCUGACACAGUUGAGAGUUUCCCUCGGUCCUGCGUGUUGUUAGCUGGACAGUGGCUUGUGGUGGCCACGGUUACACGCACAUCGCUUUUUUGCCACGGUUCACAGGACAUACACUGUAUGACUGACCCGUGUACCACGUUACUACCUUUUUAUGUUAUGUAUGUCAACUGUAAGUGAGAAAGACUUGUAGUGAAUUGUGAUGGGUCUGAUUAUUUGUUCAUGUUAUGAUUCUGCCAGGUGAAAUGCAACAUGUUAUUUUGUGAGAGUUUCACAAGGGAGGGAUUGUUGAGCAUAAAUGGCUGUGGGGUGGGUGGGCUGAAGGACUUGAACCAAAAUAAAAA